AGGGAACUGGAGUAAAAGUAGAACCACAAGGAGAGAAACUAUAACUUCUCUUUGAAAAGAGAUAAGACAAUUACAGUAAUUAAUGUCUCCACAGAAGGAAUGAAAGUGGAAAGAAGAGAAAGCUGCUCAGAAAGAGUGAAAGUUAUUAUCUUGUCAGAGAGAGGAGGGUGGGGAGCCUGAGUAAUAGGAAGCAUAAAAAGGAGGCCUCGCAUAGGAUAAUUAUGUGACAGAACCUCCAACUGAGAAAAAAAAUAGAUGCAUAUAAAUAAAGUAACCUACAAAGAUGAGGAAGAGGAAGAGGGCAGGUGAUGCUUACAGAGAAGGGAAAAAAUUGGGUUGCAGGUGGUGAAAGAGAGCCGAGGGAUGAGGACCAUCUCAUCUGACCUCCUGCCCCGGGGCAGGAAUCUUCUUAUUGCAACAUCCCUGACAGGUGGCCGUCCAGCCCCAAUUCCAGCAAAGGGGGGUUUUCUUCCCAGGGUUGAACAGCUGCCUGGCACAUCCAUUUCUUUUCGGAUUAUGGCCGACCCGUUUCCUGACCCUCUUCUGGCCCUAGGCUGCUGUACCGCUUGGGUCCAGUGUUCUUACCCCAGCUGUGAGAAGUGGCGGAGGCUCAGCAGCGAUGUGGAUCCGUCAGCCCUGCCCGAGGACUGGUCCUGCAGCCAGAAUCCAGGUGGCCAGGAAUCAUAGAAGCCGACCCCGACAUUGGAGAGUACUUCCUGUUUUCUUCCCAGGCAGACUCACUUCCUUCCAAGUACCACGUGACCUUCUUUGGCCACUCCGUGACCCGCGCUUGGAUCUCUGCCUCCCUGCUGAAGAACUACGGGGAGCCACCGGCGGAAGGAAAUGCCGGGGCCAAGCUCAGGAGCCGAAGUGAGAAGCAGAACCUCAAAGCGGCUCUGGAAAUGGCCAAGGAAGCAGAGGAAAUCAGCAUCCAGGAGAGAAUAAGGAGAUUUGGGUUCCACAGCCGAUUCAAGCACAAAGAAUCUCCCAAAGGAGGCAACAUCCUGAAAGAGCAGAAUAAUGUGGCCUCCAGGCCUCCGGUCAAAGGGACUCCAGGAACGAAGGCUGGGAAUAAGAACACCACAACCUCCGGCAAGGAUCCAGGAAAG